UGCCGUGGCAGGACCAACCAUGAAAAGUUGUAGGCGCUUCUGCCAUAUUUAAUCAAUCGAACGGAAAAGUUUUAACAACCAAAAUGAAAAAAGUGAAGAUAUCUGUUAACAUCUUUUAAUUUACAACUUUGUAGGGGAUCUGAUAUGUCGGGCUUCAAUUAAAAGCUUCGGAGAACAUCUAUUCUUUGUCUGUCCUUCACUUCUUCGUCUUCCAGUAAAUGGUCUACGCUUGUUAUGAAUGCGUUUUUGUUAAUCGAUGCUUUGCAGUGCAGAAAGCGUAUGUGUGCUUUCCUUACCACAUAAAAUGCUUAACGUGGAAAGAGCUAGCACUAGCAGCCGUUAUUGCCAGGAGGCAUGUUUAUUACGGCAAUGUUUUCUUCUUCUUUGUUGGCUUGGCCAUAUUGGACCUUCACCUCGAACCAAACUGCUUUAAAUAUGGUCAUCAUAUCGAUAGCAGCGUUUAUGUUUCUCUGCCAUCACUUCAGACGUUGCUUGGAGUGAAGAGCGCCGGUACUCAUGAAUCCAGGAGUAUCAACGAUUUGCAUAUCAUCGAAGAAACAGAGGCUGCAUGUUUGCAAGUUUUAAAUUCAUCGAUUGUGACAACAAUCAACCAGCCUUCAACUUCACGCUUCUAUAAAGUUGCAGACAGUUCAUUUACAACACAAUAUCUUUGCCCUUUCAACUUGACUGCAUCUUUGACAAAACAUUCUUGCAUCAAACAUAAUCAGUGGUACCAUUUUGGGGGUCCCAAGUACAGCUUAGACUUCCAUUUCUCAGCACUUCUAACAAUUAUCAAUCAGUGGAUGAGGUUGAAUCGAAGUCUUUGUUGAAACACAUCAAAAAAAUGAUUCAAUAAAAAAGUUGUCAAGCUUUUUGUAGCUCAUCUAUUGCAAAUAACAUGAAUAAAGCCAUUAUUGGCGAUUUUCUUACUAGUAAGAGACUAAUAUUUAGGGUUAGAAUUGU